AGGUUUUGAGGCUUGGCUUGCUUUGGCUCUCCACGUUCGUCUGCGAGGAAGUUUUGGAAACGAUAUAGGAACAAAAUGGAACUUUGAGCAAGCCUUGCAAGCAACGAGUGAAGGGUUGAUUGAUUGAAGGCUCCUCGCCUUGGGAUUCUCUUGUUCGUCCAUACAUUGCACGGUAGCAGCGACAACUGUUGUGAGGCAGCAUUCUAGUGGAAUUCACCAGCGGUAGAGCUUAUGGGGGAACCUAAAGAGAAGAUAAAUGACAAGACGGUAGAGCUGUUAAUGAAGGCCCUGCCUAGGAAUGUUCCUGCUGUCAGAACUGUUUUUCCAACUUCAGGAUCUUCUUCCGGUUACACACAUAUUUUGCAGUCUCGAUCAGGUUCUGUUGACUCCAGGAGCAAUACUCAGAUGAAGAGCAUUAGACAAUCUAGUCUGGAAAAGAGUAUGUCAUGUUUACCUGCAGGAUGCAGAAGUCACGCCCCUCUUCACAGCCUUGCACAGCAUCAACAAGCACUAUUUCCUUCCACGACAACCAAUUUGAGGCAAGACCAUUCUGGUAUGAUGGAGAACGCGGAGGAAAAAAACGAGACAGAAAGCAUAGAAGAAGGGGAAUUUAUCCCUGAUAAGUCUCCCAAUGAUUCGGUCAAGAGCUCUAUGAAUGCACAUGAUGUCAUAUGGCGUGGAAAUGAGAAAAAAUGUGUUUCGCAGGGGCAAUCACCUUCUGAUGGCUCUAAGAGCAGUAUUUUGAUGAAGAAUAUGACUAGAGAUUCUCGCCCUGAGAAGUGCUCAUUGACUCGUAGAGAUUUCCGUCCAGGAUGCGGAAGUCGUGCCCGAGCAAAUGACCUCGUAGGAGAAUUCAUUCCCAACAAAUCUUGCGACCCUUCAAUCAAGAGCUCAGCGACUGCACAUGUCUUCAAAUGGCGAAGGAACAAAGAUCAUGCUGAUAGUCAAGGUGUUGGUGCGAAUGAAGAAGGGUCACAAUCACAAGUAAAAUUUCAAACAUCUUCCGGGAGCACGACAGAUAAGGAAUACCUAAGAAAAGAGAACUUCCUUUACCAUCAUUGCGACAUCGUCAACAAAUCAAAUAGAGAAACCCAAAUAAUAAUCAAAGAGGCGGAGAAGAGUGUUCAAUGUCCUCCUGGUGCAUCCCCUACUAUGAAGGACAGAGGUUCUAAAAGAAAGUCUCUUGACAGGUGCAACAUCAGGAACUACUUAGAGGAAAGCACACCAAAUAGCUCGAAAAGUUUGCGCAUUGUUCCAAAAUCAGAUAUUGGGAGAGCAAGCCCUUCCUUUUCUGAGCUCAGAAAUGCGAAUUUCACAAGCAAUGACAGACAUGAUUUGGCCAGAGAGAGGGUCAUCGCAACUCUAAGGCUCUACAGAGAUAUUUGUCAGGAGUUCUCCCGGGAAAAAUCAAAAGCAGGUAAAGAGAGCGCAUGCAUUAGGAGGAUAGACUUUCAUGCUGCGAAAGAGGUUAAGAAGAGAGGAGGAUACGUCCAUGGCGCCAUGCAAUUUAUCGGUGAUGUUCCAGGAGUAAAAGUGGGAGACAAAUUCUAUUACAGGAUGGAACUCGCUGUUGUCGGUCUCCAUCGCCCUCCUCAAAGUGGCAUCGAUUACAUGGGACGUCACCCAAACAUUCUAGCCACAAGUGUUGUCGCUUCCUGGGAUUAUACAGAUAAUCUGAGUACACCCGAUGAGCUGGUUUAUUUGGGCCAGGGUGGAAUGCCCGGUCACAACAAGAAGGCCGAAGAUCAGAAGCUUACUCGUGGGAAUUUAGCUCUAGCAAACAGCAUGAAGAGAAACAAGCCCGUGAGAGUGAUCCGUAGGGAUAGGGAUCACACCUUCACAUAUGACGGACUGUACACCGUAGCCAAGUACCAGAAGCUACGUCGAGCAAAUAGACAGAUGGUCUUCCAAUUUAUGAUGAAGAGAAUCCGAGGCCAACCUGAGAUCGACCAGAAGAAGAAGAAGAUGAAAGAACUCGAGUCAUCAUGAGAGGAAGAGUUGACGACCAGCAUUAGGAAAGGAGAAAGAGAGAUUGGACAAUCUGAAACUUAGAAUACAAUACAUAAUAAUUGUGCACGGUAGAUCAAGCUCAUGUUUUGUUUUGCAGACAUAUCAUACCUAUGUUUUUCCUUUGUGUUCCUAGGACUGUAAUAAUCGUAUCGCUUGUUAACAGUUGCUUUGAUGGUGCUUUUUGAGAGCCA